AUGCCUCACAAACACAAGAGAAAGCGAGGCGAAGACGACAACUUCGACCUGCCUCCAUCCCAGAGAGCUCUGCCGCUCCCAGUAUCAUCCAAGAGGCAAAAUGCCAAAUCAACGACGGACCAUCCGAAGCAAAAACAACACCGCACAGAUCGAAAAAGUAACGAUGCCCCUCGAGCAUUCAAGCGUAUUAUGGCAUUUGCUCAAGGUAAAAAAUCAAGAUCUGGACUCGACAAUGGAAGUUCUUCUGCCCAAAACGGCCCUAAAAGUUCAGUAACUCCGGUCGAAGUUCCGCGCAUUAAGCCUGGGGAAGAUAUGAGAUCAUUUUCUGCCCGAGUAGACGCCGCAUUGCCAGUAGCUGGCCUUACAAAGAAGACAAAGACCAAAGACGGCAAAGAUUCACUUGGUAUCAAGGUGCAACGCACACGCAAGGAGCGGAAGAUGCACAAGCUCUACGAUCAGUGGCGGGCCGAGGAACGCAAAAUACAAGAACAGAAAGAGGAAGAACUCGAGUUGGCAGCAGAAAGAGAAUUAGAAAAUGACUACGAUGAUUUGUUUACUGACGGCGCUUGGACGGAAGCCGAUGAGAAAAGGGGCAAUAAGAAGUCUCGGAAAAGAAAGGGCAAGGGCCGAGAGGAAGACCCUUGGUUAGAGUUGGUUCGAAAGAGGGGGGAGGUCAAGAUUGGCCUUCAUGAUGUCGCCCAAGCACCGCCAGAGCUCCUUCACAAAAAGACGAGAAAACAACUUGAAGUAGGAGGCGCGACUGUUGAUGUUGACAGUAUCCCCAAGUCUGCGGGAAGCCUGCGAAGACGAGAGGAAUUGCAGACAGCCAGGGAUGACGUGGUAGAGGCGUAUAGGAAGAUAAGGGAACAUGAACAGGCUAAGCUUGAAGCCCAGCGAGGGAAAUCGAAGAGAUAG